CUGUGGGGCGCUGUGGCGGGGGCCGGGCCGCACGCCAGCCAAGCCGGGCACCGGGGCGGGGAGCAACCACGGCGCCGCGGAGGCCCGGGGCCCGCGACGCUGCGCGCAGCCUGGGCGCCGAGUAGCCGGGCCGGGCCGGAGUGCGGGCGGCGGCGGCGGCGGCGGCGGCGGCGGAGCAGCUGCGCCCCCCGCCCUCCCAGGCCCGGCGCCCGGGCCGCCGGCGAUGGUGACACAUGCGGCGGCGGCGCGCCGGCGGCAGGACCAUGGUUGAGCGCGCCAGCAAGUUCGUGCUGGUGGUGGCGGGCUCGGCGUGCUUCAUGCUCAUCCUGUACCAGUACGCGGGCCCGGGGCUGAGCCUGGGCGCGCCCGGGGGCCGUGCGCCACCCGACGACCUGGAUCUCUUCCCCACGCCGGACCCACAUUACGAGAAAAAGUACUACUUCCCGGUGCGCGAGCUGGAGCGCUCGCUGCGCUUCGACAUGAAGGGCGACGAUGUGAUCGUCUUCCUGCACAUCCAGAAGACCGGCGGCACCACCUUCGGCCGCCACCUUGUGCAGAACGUGCGCCUCGAGGUGCCCUGCGACUGCCGGCCCGGCCAGAAGAAGUGCACCUGCUAUCGGCCCAACCGCCGCGAGACGUGGCUCUUCUCUCGCUUCUCCACCGGCUGGAGCUGCGGGCUGCAUGCUGACUGGACCGAACUCACCAACUGUGUGCCCGGGGUGCUAGACCGGCGCGACCCAGCGGGUCUGCGUUCGCCCAGGAAGUUCUACUACAUCACCCUGCUGCGAGACCCAGUAUCCCGCUACCUGAGUGAGUGGCGACAUGUGCAGCGUGGAGCCACGUGGAAGACCUCACUGCACAUGUGCGAUGGGCGCACGCCAACCCCAGAGGAGCUGCCGCCCUGCUACGAGGGCACAGACUGGUCAGGCUGCACGCUGCAGGAGUUCAUGGAUUGCCCCUACAACCUGGCCAACAACCGGCAGGUGCGCAUGCUGGCCGACCUCAGCCUGGUGGGCUGCUACAACCUGUCCUUCAUCCCCGAGAGCAAGCGGGCCCAGCUGCUGCUGGAGAGUGCCAAGAAGAACCUGCGCGGCAUGGCCUUCUUCGGCCUCACCGAGUUCCAACGCAAGACGCAGUACCUGUUUGAGCGGACGUUCAACCUCAAGUUCAUCCGGCCCUUCAUGCAGUACAACAGCACGCGGGCGGGCGGCGUGGAGGUGGAUGAGGGCACUAUCCGGCACAUCGAGGAGCUCAACGACCUGGACAUGCAGCUCUAUGACUAUGCCAAGGACCUCUUCCAGCAGCGUUACCAGUACAAGCGGCAGCUGGAGCGCAGGGAGCAGCGCCUGCGCAGUCGCGAAGAGCGCCUCCUGCACCGCUCCAAGGAGGCGCUGCCACGGGAGGACGCGGAAGAACCUGGCCGCGUGCCCACCGAGGACUACAUGAGCCAUAUCAUCGAGAAGUGGUAGUGGUGGCAGGUGCAGAGAGUGAUGGGCAGGAUUUAACGGGGAAAGAAAUGGGGCCAACAGUUCUUGCUGUCUGGUGUGGAGGGAAGCGUGCUAGUAGGGUACCCUAGACCUUGACGGGCAGGGUGGGACCUCUGUCUGAGGCAGGUGGCCUCCUUACUCUCCUGCCCCCCCUCCCCACAGCGCCCCCGUGUCACACUUUAAACUGAUGAAGAUUUGAAAAAGACUGCCCAGGGGACAAGUCUGCUCAGCCGCGAGUCGCACGCACGCCUACUAUGCACGCACUGGCCCGGAUGACCAGCCCUUCUAGGAACAAACACAUGACUAGCUCCUAAUAGUUCCUCUAAAGCUCCUUGGCCUCUGGGGACCCUAAUAACCCAGAAUCUUGGGGAGCGUUUUUCUUGAGAAUAUAAGCUUAUCUCU